AUGGGCAACGGAGCCAAGGCCGCUCAGAAACGGGAGCGUAACACGAAGGAUUCCAAGAAGGAACCAAGCAGUCAGCUGAAGAAGAACGCAGCAGCCCAGUCCAUCAAGUGCAAAAUCUGCUUUGCCACAUUCCAGAGCACCUCGGCUCGCAAAGGCCUGGAGGACCACGCUGCCAACAAACACAGCAAGAAAUACGAGGAGUGUUUCGUCUAA